AUGGCCUCGCAUUACCGUUUACCCAACCUCCUCGCUCUCUUCGACGCAAACGGUGCUCGUGUCAACCCUCGUUUCCACAAACUUGACUCGCAGUUCAAUCAAUGGCUGGACUCUCUCGCUCUCGACACGGGCUUUGUUGAGACGUUGAAGCAGAUCCAGAUGCCGGUAUUGAUAUCCCAUGCAUACCCAGAAGCAUCCUUGGAUCAGCUUAGGACAUGCCUUGACUACCUCACUCUGGCUUUCAUCUUCGAGGAGAUCACGGAGAACACAUCCAGCUCGCAGAGCCAGCGAUGGGCAGACCUUUAUAUGGGCAUGUAUCGGGGGACAGCGUCUGUCCUUUCGAACAUCGUACCCGAAGAAACCGACCAUCCGCUAUUUCCUGUCAUGACAAGCCUAGCACAGAACGUCAUGUUAUCGUUGGAACCUCUCUUUCACGAAUCGUUCAUCGCGGAGAACCUUGCUUCUGUCCAGGCCAUCGUACAAGAAGCCAUUGAUCGUGAAGUCGACCCCCCCUCUCGCCAGCCGCCGACUCUCGAAGCCUAUUAUAUCAACCGCUUAGCUACUGUCGGUGUGAUGCCAUUCCUCAUUCUCGCACAAUGGACCGGUGGGAUUCGGUUGCCAGUUUCCAUCCAAGAUUCGCAUUCUAUUCAGACGAUGUCUCAAGCGGCCGUUGAAAUGGUGUUUUUAGCCAACGAUGUUUACUCGUACAAGAAGGAGAAAAUGGCUGGGGCGACACAAAACAACGUCAUCACCGUCAUAAUUGGAGACCCAUCUACGGGCAUCUGCGAGGGGGACCUCCAAGGAAGCUUCGAUUAUUCAGAGAGGCUGUUUCAGGAUGCCCUGAGCCGCUUUUAUACUCAUAGGGAGAUGCUUCUGGAAAUCGUGUCGGACCAGCAAAACUACACCGCCGACAUAGACAAAUUCAGCCGAGCGAUGAUGGACUGUGUUGUUGGAAACAUCAAAUGGAGUAUGGUUUGUAAGCGAUAUGCUGUCUUCGAAUGCGAGCAGGCGAGGAAUAAUGAGGUGGUGAAAAUAUGA